UCGACUGCCACGAUGACCACCACCGCUCAGCCAGAGGUGGAGACCACCCAGCCCAAGGUGGUUCCUCUUCAAGAGGAUUUUGAGGAGACGCCGCUGCUGGUCGCCUUCUUGACGUAUCUCAACUACAGUCUCCUCUUCGUCUUUGGCCAUCUUCGUGAUUUCCUCCGUAAACAUGGCAUUGAAAAGACCAAGACGGCCAAGGAGCUGGCCCGGAUGCUUCACUUUCCUCCUCUGUACCGUGACUUUGAAGCCUUUUACACUCGCAACUUGUACACCCGCAUCCGCGAUUGCUGGAACCUGCCCAUCUGCUCCGUGCCUGGUGCCGAGUUUGAUCUCGUCGAGCGUCGCACCAACGAUUACGGCUGGACCUUUGAGCGCACGGGUGAAGUCAACCGAUACAUCAAUCUUGGCUCGUACAACUAUCUCGGCUUUGCCGAGAACACUGGUGUUUGCUCCCGUGAGAGCAUCGAGGCCAUCCACAAAUACGGCGUCUCCUGCUGCUCCGCCCGCACUGAGUUUGGCACCACGCGUCUGCAUGAGGAAGUGGAUGAGCUGGUGGCUCGCUUCAUCGGCAAGGAAGCUGCCAUGACCUGUGGCAUGGGGUUUGCCACCAACUCGACCAACAUUCCCAUCCUCGUGGGCAAGGGUGGCCUGAUCAUCAGCGACGAACUCAACCACGCCUCUCUUGUCCUGGGCUCCCGCUUGACCGGUGCCAAGAUCAAGGUUUUCCGUCACAACGACAUGGAGCAUCUUGAACAAAUUUUGCGCCAAUCCAUCAUUGAGGGUCAGCCUCGGACCCAUCGGCCCUGGAAGAAGAUUAUGAUUGUCGUUGAAGGUGUCUACAGCAUGGAAGGCAGUCUUGUCAACCUGCCGGCCGUGAUCGCCUUGAAGAAGAAGUACAAGGCUUACCUUUACUUGGAUGAGGCGCAUAGCAUUGGUGCACUGGGCAAGACCGGCCGUGGCGUUGUUGAGCACUACGGCUGUGAUGUCAAGGACGUCGACAUUAUGAUGGGUACAUUCACAAAGUCCUUUGGAGCAGCCGGUGGCUACAUUGCCGCGGACCGCGUCAUUAUCGAUGCCCUGAAAAAUCACUCGCACAGCCACACCUAUGCCAUGGCCAUGGCGCCUGCCGUGGCUCAACAGGUCUUGACCUCCAUGAAGGUGAUCAUGGGCGUCACCGGUGGCGACGAUGGUCAUCGUCGCAUUCAGCAACUGGCUGACAAUGCGCGUUACUUUCGCCAAGCCUGCAAGAAGCUGGGUUUCAUCAUUUACGGCAACGAUGCCUCGCCCAUUGUGCCGUUGCUCAUCUUCAACCCAGGCAAGAUUAGUGCGUUGAGCCGUGAAAUGAGGAAGCGUGGCAUCUGUAUUGUUGUGGUCGGCUACCCCGCCACACCUAUUGUCGAGUCGCGUGCUCGCUUCUGCCUUUCGGCGUCGCACACGCGCGAGCAGCUUGACCAAGUCCUUGCAGCCCUUGACGAGUUGGGUGAUGUUCUGGGCCUCAAGUACUCGCGUCAGCACCUGAACGACGGUUCGAUGCGCAUCAAGGGCAAGAGUGGCAAAGCCAAGACCGCCUAAUUGCCGUCACACUUGGGGCUCAAGCCUCCGACCGGUCGAGGCUUACCCACUAGUUGAGGAGCUUGCCUUAUGUGGCCAUCUCCACUUGGAUUGCACCAAGAAGCCGAUUUUUCACCUUGUCACUGACCCCAUUUGCUCUUUACCAAGAUUGCAAGGCUAAACCCUGUGAGCUGAGCACCAAAAACAAACACAAUGAUCUCAAUGUUGUCUCGUUCCAUCAUGCCCCGCGUCUUG